AUGGACGACAGCCUGCAAAUCGGAGAUAGUGGAUUCACCAAGAAUACCGCAAAAUCUGGCAGAAGAGCUCGACAGGGGCCAGAAGCAGUGUCUUCAGAUGACUCGCGACAUAGGAAAGCCUCCUCCUCAGCCGCUUCGUUGGGUGAGGGACCUCCACCUAAACCACCCCGAAGACAGGGAGGGUGGGCUGAGGAGACCACCGGGACCAGCUCUGCCAAGUCUGGGAGAAGACAAGCAGCAGAGGAAGUGGAAGACCGUCGCCUGAGACCACAGACCCCUCCAAGCUCAGAUGAUGAGGGAGACAUUCCAGUGAUUCCAGACCUAGAGGAUGUGCAGGAGGAGGACCUUACCAUGCAAGUGGCAGCUCCUCCCAGUAUACAGGUGAACAGAGUGAUGACCUAUAAAGACUUGGACAAUGAUCUCAUGAAGUAUUCUGCAUUUCAGACUCUGGAUGGAGAGAUUGACCUGAAACUCCUCACCAAGGUUUUAGCACCAGAGCAGGAGGUUAGAGAGGAGGAUGUUGGCUGGGACUGGGAUCGUUUAUUUACAGAGGUGUCCUCAGAACUCCAGAUGGAAUGGGAGCAAGGAGAGCGAGAGGAACACUCACCACUUCCUGUGUCCUGA